AUAAGAGAGAAAUGAACACGAUCUUGACUUUGACUCUGCUGAUGAUUCCUGGUGCGGUGAUGUCCAUCAGAGUGACCGGAUAUUCAGGAGGUGGAGUCAACAUCACAUGCAGAUAUAAUGAAGAAAAAACACAAAAUAAAAAGUAUUUUUGUAGAGGUCAGUGGUCAGAGUGCAAAGACCUCAUCAAAACUAAUAAUAAAGAUGAAUGGACACAUGAAGGAAGAUUUUCUCUGUAUGACAACACAACAGCAGCCGUCUUCACUGUGAUCAUCAGAGAUCUGAAUAAACAGGAUUCUGACACAUACUAUUGUGGGAUUGAUAUCUCUUUAAGUGAAGAUUUACACACAGAAGUGAAUCUGAAUGUUAGUGAAGAGAAAAACGUUCACACAACUUCAUCAUCACCAGUUUCCUGGUCUUUGCCAUCUGAGAUCACACCGACUUCUGCGUCAUCAAUAGGCUCAUCUCUGAUCAUCAUUCUGUCUGUUGUUCUGGUUCUGAUCAUCAUUGGACUUUUAUUGCUGUCAGUGACUCUCUAUAAGAGACAUCAGACUCGAGGUGCUGAUUCCUCAUCCAAAGUAUCUCACGUUAGACCAGGACAGAAUGAAGCUGUUUGUCAAACAGUUUGUGAUUAUGAGGAGAUUAAAGACAUCAGAUCUUCUGACUCCAAUACUGCACAAAUCCUCACAAACCCCUCUGAUUAUGCAAACGCUCUUUACUCUACAGUUGAACAUCCCAGUAGAGACAGUCCGUGCUGUAUCACAUCUACUGAUGAUCAGAAUUACGCAGCAGUGAACUUUCACAACAUAUCUGAAUGUGUUGAUCACAUGAGUUUUAGUAAUAAUCAGGAUUACAGUGAAUAUGCAACUGUCAAUCAGGCCACUGUUUGA